UGUAGGGAACAUCUCAGAGAUAAAGACUGCCAUUUGUAACUUUGCUUCCGAACUUUGCUUCGUUUUCUUCUCUUAAUUUCUCCUCUCGUCGUCGUCUUCUUCUUCUUCCCUCAAACGACGAGAAGAUUAAAGAAGAAAAAAAAAGUUGCAGAAAAAUUUUGUUUGCAAUUAUUAUAUUCUUCCUGUAAUCCGAACUCUUUCUUUCUUGUGUUGGAUCGGAUCUGAAAGUACUUCGGGAACUCGGGAAAAAAGGGAGAAGAAGCUCUUAAAGUUGCUUCCCUUUUCUCUCUGAGGUUGCAUUUUUGGUGGGUCUCCCUCGCUCUUCCCUUUUUUUUUCCCCUCUUUUUACUGCCGCCUGUCUUGAAAGAUUUGCUUCAACUGCAUUGUAGUUUUGAGGUUUUGAUAUUGCUUUGAUUGUGAAUCAAGGUUCACUGCUUGAGUUUCGGGUCAGCCACCAACAGUUUUCAACUUCCAGGACAGAUUUAUAUUCAUUUGCGUUUGCAAGAAGGCAUUAAUAAGCGGAAGAUUUUUCUAAUAAAUGACUGUAGCAAUUACCAUAAUGGUUGUAAGCAAUUGCUGCAUCCCUUUCACCGCACCCUAAGAUCUGGCCUGAGAGUGCUUGAGCCAAGGUGCUGCUGAUGGAAUCACUUGUUGAUGGUAUGAGUUCUUUGUUGAAAACUCAGAACCUGACGUCUACAUCGAGGAUUCCCGAUUUGUCUCGCCACCCUUCUCCUAAACAAUCUAGGGAUGAAGCAACUUCUUCGACAUCCUACAGUGCUGCUUCUCAAAGUUGUGCCAAGAAACCCGUUCGUCAUCCAAAUGGUUCUUCUGUAGGUAAUAAAAAGCAUUCUUACAAUUUGAACCAUGAUGUGCAGCUUGAAGGUUUAACUGAUGUGAAAAAACAUACAUACAUUUCCAAUAAGGGGAAAUCCGAGCUUUUAAACCCGACGGAUAUUGUAUAUAAAUCAACUGAAAGUUCUUUUCAGAAGAAGGUUCCUUUCGAGGGAGGUGGAGAAAAACCUCUCGUGAAGCAUAUUGUUGAUGAUUCUAAGGAUUGUUGUUCGAGUGGCUCGGUAGAAUCUGGGAAUCAAGUAUUGAACACAUCGAAAGGAGCUGCCACACAAAUAAAUGAUAAACAAAAGUCUCAGCCAGCUGAAACAUCUUGUCCAAGUCCUCAGAACAGCUUAUAUUCCACGACUUUAUAUGCAGAGGCCAAACAAAGUUUCUCGAACACGGAAGUCAGUGAAUGUGCAAGCAGCAUCGAAAAGUCUUGCGAAAGUGUCGACAUCUCAAAUUCCUAUGAUCUUGAUAAGAGCAGGAAAACGAGUGUUUACCGAGGUAGCACGGGCAGUGAUAUCAGUGAUGAGAGCAACUCUAGUAGUUUAAGCAAUACCAUGUACAAGCCCCAUAAGGCAAAUGAUACAAGAUGGGAAGCAAUGCAAGUUGUGAGAUCUCACGAUGGGAUGUUAGGUCUGAAUCAUUUCAGGUUGCUGCGGAGACUCGGAUGUGGCGAUAUUGGUAGUGUCUAUCUCUCAGAGUUAACUGGUACCAAAACUUACUUUGCUAUGAAGGUUAUGGAUAAGGCUGCUUUGGCUAGUAGGAAGAAGCUUCUGAGGGCUCAGACCGAGCGCGAGAUAUUGCAAUCCCUGGAUCAUCCAUUCCUGCCAACUUUGUAUACACACUUCGAGACAGAAAAGUUCUCUUGUUUGGUUAUGGAGUUUUGCCCCGGGGGCGACUUGCAUGCGCUUAGGCAAAGACAACCCGGAAAAUACUUUCCAGAGCAUGCUGCAAGAUUCUAUGUGGCUGAAGUUCUCCUUGCUUUGGAGUAUCUGCACAUGCUUGGGAUAAUCUACAGGGACCUAAAACCUGAAAAUGUGUUAGUGAGAGAUGAUGGGCACAUAAUGCUAUCUGAUUUUGACCUCUCUCUUCGAUGCGCCGUCUCCCCGACUCUUGUCAAAUCAUCGAACUCGGGUUUAGAAGCUAAAAGCUCAGGGUACUGUGUUCAGCCUGCUUGCAUUGAGCCAACUUGCAUAAUGCAGCCAGAUUGUAUCCAGCCAGCAUGUUUUACGCCCCGCUUCUUAAGUAGGCACAGGAAAGAAAAAAAGUCCAAACCAAAGAGUGAAGUAUAUCAUCAAGUGAGCCCUCUACCGGAGCUCAUUGCCGAACCCACAAGCGCGAGAUCGAUGUCCUUUGUUGGUACACACGAGUACCUGGCACCUGAAAUCAUAAAAGGUGAAGGCCAUGGCAGUGCCGUGGACUGGUGGACUUUCGGGAUCUUUCUCUACGAGCUUUUGUUUGGUAGAACUCCAUUCAAGGGGGCUGGAAACCGUGCUACUUUGUUUAACGUGGUUGGUCAGCCAUUGAGAUUUCCAGAGUCUCCUUCUGUGAGCUUUGCAGCAAGGGACUUAAUCAGAGGUUUGCUUGUGAAAGAACCACAGCAUCGUCUCGCUUACAGGCGUGGAGCUACCGAAAUCAAGCAACAUCCAUUCUUCCAGAGCGUGAACUGGGCGCUUAUCCGCUGCGCCAACCCCCCGGAGGUGCCAAGAGUAGAUGUCAUUGACUUCUCUUCAAGAAUGGAGACACCACAUGCACCGGCAGGCGAAAAGAUGCCCGGAGUUGAUGUGAAGCCUUCAGGUAAUUAUUUAGAGAUUGACUUCUUUUGAAUCUUAUUGUCGUUUUUCGUUUUUCGGGUUUUCGACCAAUCUCCCUUCUCCUCAUUUGUAUUGUGCUUCAACUGAAUGCUUCCUUUUCCAUUGCAAUGAGAUAUGGGGAGGUUGCAGAAGUCCUCCUCUUGUGGUUUCAUUUUUUAA